UGCUCUAUCGGCCACCCAAGACAAAGCCUCACCUCCUACUCCUUUGCUUUAACCUUCCAUUGUGUGGUUCCAACCCUUUGAGCAGUGGCUUUCUCCUCCUCCCUCCAUGAAGAGUUCUAGUGGUGGCUCAGCAGCUAAGAUGGAGAGGAAGACAGUGGAGAAGAACAGGAGAAUGCACAUGAAAAGCCUCUGCAUGAAGCUCGCCUCUCUCAUCCCAAAAGAACACAUAAGCACCUCCAAGGAUGUUUUGACACAACAAGAUCACUUGGAUGUGGCCACAUCGUACAUUAAAAAGCUUCAAGAUAGGAUUGAAAACUUGAAGCAAAGGAGGGAAUUGCGAACAAGCAUCGAUGGAAUCAACAACGAUAUGAGCAGUGGGAUGACGAUAGGCAUUAGGCUGCCCGUGAUUGAAGUAAGACAUCAAGAUUCGAACUUGGAGGUCGUUUUGAUAAGUGGGCUUGACAAGAGGUUCAUGUUCCAUGAGGUGAUCAGUAUCCUUGAGGAAGAAGGCGCAGAAGUUGUCAGUGCAAGCUUCUCUGCUGUUGGUGACAAGAUCUUUCACGUAAUUCACUCCAAGGCAGUUAGCUCUAGAAUCGGCUUGGAGGUUUCAAGGGUAUCUGAGAGACUAAAGGAGUUGGUUCAAUGAUCAAUUGUAGAUCCUCAAGAAGCUGCAACCCUAGAAACCAGAUCGAAAAGCAAAUUCGAUAAAAGGGGAAGGAACACAUUGAACAGAGUUAUGAGUUAUAAUUUCCCUUGAAGCAUGAUUCUGAUGGCGAAAUGGGAAAAGAUCGUUGACAACUGCAGUCAAUAGCAUAGAACAUAGAGAAGGGAUUACUCUCUUGUAUUGGUAGCUGUGGCUUUGAUGAUGCUCAAAAAAACUUCUCUUUUCGCUCUUUAGUACAUGGGUAUACUAGGAGGUUUGUACCUUGCUCUGGAGCAGCAAUGGGUAUUAAGAAGCUCGAGAUAUAAUGCCAACUUUGAAGCUCUUUAACUAUGGAUAUGGCAUGAUAGAUAAAUUGUUAAAGCAAUUGCUUCAAUUGGACAUGGAGAAUGAUCAUGUCGUAAUGUAUGCAUUAGCUGAGGCAUAUAAAAUUAUGUCCAUGAAACUUAUAUUGGAGAUCAAUAACAUACACUCGCAUGUGUGCAAGUAA